CGGGUCGGCUCCGAUUGGCGGGGCGGGAGGGCCGAACGGGCGAUGUUGGGCUGCCGUGCUGCUCCGCGGCGCUGAGGCCAAAUAGUUGCAUCAUGUGUACCUAAUCCAAGAGUCUCAUGCUUCUGCAACUGAGUGACCAGCUCCUGUGCACCGCCCUCAGAAAGCCCAACCCGUAGGCAAUGGCAGCCUUGUUCCUGCCUGCCCCACCCCAGGCCGAGGUGACCUUCGAGGAUGUGGCUGUGUUCCUCUCUCGGGAGGAAUGGGGCCGCCUGGGCCCUGCUCAGAGGGGCCUCUACAGGGACGUGAUGCUGGAGACCUACGGGAACCUAGUCUCACUGGGAGUAGGACCUGCAGGCCCCAAGCCUGGAGUGAUCUCGCAGUUGGAGCGAGGGGAUGAGCCCUGGGUCCUGGAUGUUCAGGUCACCUCUGGGAGAGAGCACCUGAGAGUCAACAGCCCAGCUCUUGGGACCAGAACUGAGUACAAGGAAUUGACUUCACAGGAGACAUUUGGUGAGGAAGAACUAGGCCAGCCGAGGGGGAUUUUUCCCCGGGGAUCUGAGCAGGUAGAAGCCUGUGACCACAUCAGGAAGGCAGAGGGGAGCCUGGAAAAGCUGGAGCAGAGAGGCCCCAGGGCAGUCACACUGACCAACGGGGAGAGCAGCGGGGGGUCUGGGGAAAGCCUCAGGUUGGUGUCACGACCUGUUCCCGAUCAGAGCCCUCACAAAUGUGAUAUAUGCGAGCAGAGUUUUGAACAGAGAUCCUAUCUCAACAACCAUAAGCGCAUACACAGGUCAAAAAAAACAAAGACAGUUCGUGACUCUGGGGAAAUUUUGAGUGCAAACUUAGUUGUUAAAGAGGAUCAGAAAAUUCCUACUGGGAAAAAAUUGCAUUAUUGCAGUUACUGUGGGAAAACAUUCAGGUACAGUGCCAACCUUGUCAAGCAUCAGCGGCUUCACAGUGAAGAGAAGCCCUACAAAUGUGAUGAGUGUGGGAAAGCCUUCAGCCAGAGCUGCGAGUUCAUCAACCACCGAAGGAUGCACUCAGGAGAGAUUCCCUACCGGUGUGACGAGUGUGGGAAGACAUUCACCCGGAGGCCCAACCUCAUGAAGCACCAGAGGAUUCACACUGGGGAGAAACCCUACAAGUGUGGUGAGUGUGGGAAACACUUUAGCGCCUACUCUUCCCUUAUUUAUCACCAGAGGAUCCACACUGGAGAGAAACCCUAUAAAUGUAAUGACUGUGGGAAAGCCUUCAGUGAUGGCUCCAUCCUUAUCCGCCAUCGUCGGACUCACACUGGAGAGAAGCCAUUUGAGUGCAAGGAAUGUGGCAAGGGCUUUACCCAAAGUUCUAACCUUAUCCAACAUCAGAGAAUUCACACUGGAGAGAAACCCUAUAAAUGUAAUGAAUGUGAGAAAGCUUUCAUUCAAAAAACCAAACUGGUGGAACAUCAGAGAAGCCACACUGGAGAGAAGCCCUAUGAGUGCAAUGACUGUGGCAAAGUUUUCAGCCAGAGCACACACCUCAUCCAGCAUCAGAGAAUUCACACAGGAGAAAAGCCCUACAAGUGCAGCGAGUGUGGGAAGGCCUUCCACAACAGUUCCAGACUCAUUCACCACCAGAGGUUGCACCACGGAGAGAAACCCUACAAAUGCAGUGAUUGCAAGAAAGCCUUCAGCCAGAGCACUUACUUGAUUCAGCACCGGAGGAUCCACACCGGGGAGAAGCCCUACAAGUGCAGUGAGUGUGGGAAGGCCUUCCGGCACAGUUCCAACAUGUGUCAGCAUCAGCGGAUUCACCUCCGGGAGGACUUCUCCGUGUAACAGUGGAGCAGUGUUUGAGGGCAGAGUCCAGCUGAGCACUUCCUGCAUGCGCCCCCGGCACCUGACUCUGCCCCUUAUUAUCCACACGAUGUUUUCACAGGGUGAAAGGACAUUUCUCAUUAAACAAACCUCUUUUCUUAAAUCAAA